GCUGGAGACAAAGUAGCAUCGCCUUGCCCGUCGCCAGGUUCAGGCUCCGAGGAUCGACUCGUCUGUGUCGACGCUUUCGUCGAAACUGCCCUGGUGGGAGUUCACGCCGUGCUGGUUACCUAAAUGCGGCACGACGCCAAAAUGAUGCCCACGUUCCUGACCGUUUAUCUCAGUAACAACGACCAACAUUUUACUGAGGUUCCUGUUACCACCGAUACACUCUGCCGGGAUGUGGUAGAUUUGUGCAAGGAACCAGGAGAAACGGACUGCCACCUGUCUGAGAUGUGGCGAGGAUCUGAGCGAGCUGUGGGUGACGGUGAGAGGAUGUUAGAUGUACUCCAAAGAUGGGGACAGCACAGGGGCGAGGUGCGCUUUUUUCUACGUCACAACCGAGCUCCUAACAGAGAAUCAGGAGGCUCAAGAGGCUCAGAUUCAAAGCGGAAUGGAGUGAGAGCCCCCUCAGACAAGAAAAUGGAGAAUGGGGUGGCGACACCUCGGAUGGACAUGACAUUGGCUGAGUUACAAGAGAUGGCUGCCAGGCAGCAGCAACAGAUAGAAGCUCAACAACAAGUUCUCGCCUCUAAGGAGCAGCGACUGCGGUACCUGAAGCAACAAGAGCAGCGUCAGCAGCAGCAGGCAGCAGAGCAGGAGAAGCUCCAACGCCUCCGAGAAAACAUUGAGAACCAGGAAUCCCGACUCAAGAAGGUCAGGGCCCUCAAGGGCCAGGUGGAGCAGAAACGUGUCAGCAAUGGCAAACUGGUGGAAGAAAUUGAGCAAAUGAACAACCUGUUCCAGCAGAAGCAAAGAGAACUGGUGAUGGCUGCGUCCAGAGUGGAGGAGCUCAGUCGACAGCUGGAGUUGCUCAAAAAUAGCAAAAUGGAGAACAACCGCGACAACCAAAGCUCACUAGCAGAACUAGAUCGCCUCUAUAAAGAGCUACAGGUGAGAAAUAAGCUUAACCAAGAUCAGAAUUCGAAGCUGCAGCAGCAGAGGGAGAGUCUGAACAAACGCAACCUGGAGGUGGCUGCGAUGGACAAACGAAUCAGUGAGCUUCGAGACAGGCUUUGGAAGAAGAAGGCAGCCCUUCAACAGAAAGAAAACUUGCCCAAUGGCUAUCCUGCUAAAGAGAGGGCUUCAAAAGACACUCAUCGUCAGCUGCCUUCUGAUGGCCAAACCGGGCAGCAGUCGGGUCCAUCUCGUGUGGCAGCAGUCGGCCCUUACAUCCAGUCAUCCACCAUGCCCAGAGGUCAAGUUAGACAUGAUCUACUUGUAAAACCAGUGUAUUCAGACAGCACUUCCCCUCUUGCAGGCAACGAGCCCCAGAGCAAAGCUGGGACAGGGUCUCAGUCUGGAAAACUGGCAGAUUGGAGCGCUUCAAAUCAGGAUUCAAACACCAACGGUUAUGGCCAAGCUUCAACACUGCCACGAAUGACCUCUCACUCCAGCUCGAACACUGAGUUAGAUGAGUCUGAACUGAAGAGGGACAGGAAGAUGCGUCCUUUGUCCAUGUUUGAGCCCACUGAGCCCCCUCCAGCCUCCCUUCGCAAAAACCAGAGCAGUGAUGACCUGGUCAGAGACGCUCAGUCUGCACCUAAGGCUCAAGUUAAGGUUCCACCCCCUGUCCCCACCAAACCAAAAGGCCCUUCUGCUGUUCCCUACAGCAAGCCAGGCCUCAACACAGGCACCUUCCCUAAGACCAAGCCCCACAGCCAGCAGUCCCAGACGGCUCAGGGCCACAGCCCUCUUCCACCCUCACAAAGCCAAACACUCCCAUUACCCUCUAAGCAGGACACUCCACCAGCAGCUACGGUGAGACCCUUCACCCCAGAACUCCCAUCCUCCAAAGACGGCAGUUUGACUAAACCACAAACUGUAGCAGCCAGUUCUAUUUACUCCAUGUACACGAAGCAGCCUGGAUCGGGAAAACCCUUCCAGUCCGGCAUUCAAGGAGCUCUCAGCCGGUCACAAAUCCGCCCUAAUGGAUUCAUCAGUGUAUAUGGUAAACCAGUGAUUCCAAGUGGAGGCCUUCAGCAUCCCGAGAAUCCGUACCUGGAGCGCCGCUCGCCUGCCCUGGAAAAUGAAGUUGAUAUCACUGGAACCAGUAACGUGGGUCCCGGCCCUUCUGAAGGCCUCCAGCAAGAAACGGAACGCAUCCCCCGUCCACUCAGCCCCACCAAGCUUCUUCCCUUCAUUUCUAACCCCUACAGACAGAGUGACAGUGACUUGGAAGCCCUCAGGAAGAAGCUCUACAACGCCCCACGGCCCCUGAAGAAACGCAGCUCUAUCACUGAACCAGAGGGUCCAGCGGGGCCCAACAUUCAGAAACUCCUCUAUCAAAAGACCACUCUGGCAGCUAUGGAAACCACUGCAACCACACCAUCCCCUCCCACAUAUGCCGGAGAAGCAGAGAAUCUGGUGUUUGGAUCUGCAGAGUCACAUGGACCGAUCGGGGCAGAGAACCCCCCCUCGGAAACGGGACAGACGGUGGAAAGAGGACAACUCCCAUCUUACAUUCCAGGUGCCAACGUCCCACUUCCAACCACAACUGAUCAGACCAAACCACCUUCAGCCUUCCCAGACAGCGAGUUCAUUGUCCCCCCUCCUCCACCAUCCCACCCUGCUCCCAGGCCUGAGGAUGCUUUCUUUCCUCCACCACCCCCUGCAGGGUCGGAGGACACAAUGUCCCACUUGCCUCCUCCACCUUCAGAAGGCUUUUUGGAAGAGUUCCCCCCGUACCCACCACCCCCAUACCCCACUGGAGCGGAGCAGGACAGUUUUGGAGAGGACACCUUUAACAUGAAGGCGCCGGAGGUCACAGGACAGGUCACGCUGCCUCCGGGAAAGAGGACUAAUUUGCGCAAGCUUGGUUCUGAACGCAUUGAUCACAAAAUGAGGGUGAAGUUCAACCCACUGGCUCUGCUGCUGGACUCGUCUCUGGAAGGAGAGUUCGACCUGGUCCAGAGGAUCAUUUAUGAAGUGGAGGAUCCCAGUCAGCCCAACGAUGAAGGCAUCACUGCUCUGCACAACGCCGUGUGUGCCGGACACACAGAGAUCGUCAAGUUUCUGGUUCAGUUUGGCGUCAACGUUAAUGCUGCUGACAGUGACGGCUGGACACCUCUUCACUGCGCCGCAUCCUGCAACAACGUGCAAGUGUGCAAGUUUUUGGUGGAGUCGGGUGCAGCAGUGUUCGCCAUGACUUACAGCGACAUGCAGACAGCAGCUGAUAAAUGUGAAGAAAUGGAGGAGGGUUACACCCAGUGCUCCCAGUUCCUUUAUGGCGUUCAAGAGAAGAUGGGUAUUAUGAACAGAGGUGUGGUCUACGCUCUGUGGGACUACCCUGGUGAAAACCAAGACGAACUCUCCUUCCAUGAGGGAGACUGCAUGACCAUCGUCCGCAGAGAAGAUGAAGAUGAGAUUGAAUGGUGGUGGGCACGUCUAGGCGACACCGAGGGCUACAUUCCCCGUAACCUCCUCGGGCUCUACCCCAGAAUCAAACCAAGGCAAAGGACAUUGGCUUAAAACACAAAGAUCUUUUCACAUUUCCAGCCUGGCAGAACUCUACAGGACACACACACACACAAGCACACACACACAGGCUUUAAAAGACUGGGAGCGAAAAGGACUCUGCCAAAAUGAAGAAGCAAGGACAAACCAAUAUGAAGGAUCAACCAUUUCUGGCACUUUCUUUUAUCUACAACAGAGGAAUUUCUUCCUCACUCGUUUUUCUAGCACCCUCU